GUGUAAGUUCUAGUUCGCUAAGAAAUGACAAUAGGUUGUAAAACGUGUGCAUAUUCAGGAAAAAGUAAUUUUUAUAAUACUAUGAAUAAAUAAAGCUGUCAUAAAAUAAAAUAUGGAUUUAGAUACUGAGAAAGUAAUAAAUCUUGUAUUUCCUGAAGGAAUACCAGAACCAUGGAAGGAAAAUUCAGACUUUGGUCAAUAUCUGUCAAAACUUGGUGGAUUUGAUGUUGAUCAAUUAACAAAAGAACCUGAUCAUUUAUUAGAUGAAAGAAAGUCAGUAUUAGAAACUACUCAAGAAUUGGUAUUUGGAAAUUAUAAAACUUUUAUACAAACUGCAGAGAGUUCUAGAGAAAUAUUUAAGGAGUUUAGUGAGACCGAAAUACGUCUGGAUAGGCUGGUGCAAAAAAUUCCAGAAUUUGUGGAGAAGUGCCAAACAUUUUGUGAUACUUCUAAAGAUAUCAGUACACGUAGAAGAAUAAAUAGUUUAACAUUAACGAGAAAUGCUGAAUUACUCGAGGUAUUAGAGAUGCCACAAUUAAUGGAAUCUUGUUUAAGAAGUAAUCAAUAUAAUGAAGCAUUAGAACUUUCUCAAUAUGCACGCCAGUUAGGGGCUAAACAUGGUGAUAUUCCAAUUAUAGCAUCUAUAGUAGCAGAAAUUGAAAGUAGUUGGUCUGGAAUGGUUGGACAAGUUGUUGGGUCACUUAGAGGAGAUUUGCCGCUUCCAAGAUGUUUGCAACUAGUAGGACUUUUACGUUCCAUGGAUGCUUUUACAGAACCUGAGCUUCGUAUAAAAUUUCUUCAAGCACGCGAUAGUUGGUUGCAAAGUCUUUUGAAUGCUAUUCCAAAAGAAGAUUCUAAUCUUCAUAUAACAAAAACUAUAGAGUUAUCUAGGAUACAUUUGUUUAAUAUUAUAACGCAAUAUAGGGCUAUGUUCAACGAUGAUGAAUUGAUAAUGCCUGGUAGAGAUCCAAAUGUAAAUGAAUCGGCUAUAUUUUAUCAUUGGUUAGAUGAAAAGAUAACACAGUUCCUUACAACAUUAGAACAAGAUUUACCAGGUGUAACAUCUAUAGAUUCCAUUUUGGGUCAGUGUACAUAUUUUGGUUUAUCGUUUGGAAGAGUAGGUGCUGAUUUUACAGGACGAAUGUCUGAUAUAUUUGCAAGAGUAAUAGGAGACAGAUUUGAAUUAGUUAUUAGAAGAACAACAAGAAAAUUUGAAAAAGAUAUGGAGACAUUUACAUUAAUUAAUAAACCACAAAGAAAUGAUAUUAAGUCUGAAACGGCAGUUAAAUCUGAAAUUCCACCAGAACAACUUGUAGAAUUUUAUCCAUUAGCUGAAUAUUGUAAUGGAUUACUUUCUGCAUUUAACGAACUCAGAUUAUGUGCACCAGUUGCAGUGUCCACUAUGUGCACUAAACUUUUACAAGAAUCACUCCACUCUGUAGCUAAAGCGAUGUUAGUUUUUUAUAAACAAGAACAACAGGCGUUUGCUACUAUAGAGCGAGAUAAUAUGAUUAAAUUUGCAGAAUGCUUAAGCGAAUAUUUAAUUCCUUAUGUACAGUAUUGUAUACAUGCUAUCUUUCCAUCAAAUCAAGUGUCAAUGCAUUUAGGAAUUUCAGAAAUCGUACUACAGCAAGAGGGCAUUACAUAUUUGGAUUAUAAAAGUAUAUUAGAGCCCAUACUGUUUUUACUACCACCUACUGCAAGUUUAAAAGCUUCUAUUGUAUCUAAACUACCUUUGCCUACUGCGCAAAAUAUUUUAAACCCUGAUAAAAUUUCUACAAAUUCUGAAAAUUCGAUGGAAAAAAUUGUUACUACGUCAAUCCAGAAGAUAGAAAUAACUGAAACUAAGGAAAUAAUAGAGAAUAAUGUCAAAGAAGAAAAAUGUAACAUAAAAAAUGAAGAAUCUAUCGAAGGAGAUAUUAAACAAAUUUCAACGCAAUCAACAGAAAACAUUUUGACAUCUAUAAAUCCUGAUAGUUCUAAAUCAGAAUAAAUCAUUGUAAAUUUAAGAAAGAAGUGAAUUAUGUGCUAUUUUAAAUGAAAUAAAUCACAUUUUUAUUUAUAUAUGUAUUAAACGAUACACAAAUAAUUUUUCUUUUCAUACAUGCUUCAAUUGACAUGAUUGAAAAUAUAAUAAUUUGAUACAUGAUUCAAAGCAAGCAAAAUAUAAAUUAGAAUUUAUAUUAAUUUUCCAAAUACAGUAAACAUAAUCUUCCUCGAUUCAAUGACAUACAGGCAUUAUUUGAUAUAUUACGAUACUUGUGAUACAUUUAAUGUAUAUAAGUAUAAUAAAAUAAUAAGGGAACAUAAAUAAAGAAAUAUAAAUAAUAAGUAGAACAGAUAAAGAGAAAUAAAUAUAAAUAAAUUUUGAUUUUACGAUGAUGAAGACUCCAUAGUCGUAAUAUAAUAAUUACCGCUUGAUUGUUUUUUGUAAUGUAUGGACUUUAAAGACACCAUCGAUUUAAUUUUAACUUUAGGAUUGUCUUUCGAUAUUGUGGACGAUGAAGAUAAACAAGCACAUACGUCGUUUUUAUUUCGAGACGAAAGAGAUCUCUUAUGAUUAAAUUUAUUCAUUUUAAGCUUUGUGUUAAAUUUGUUAAAUGAUAUUAAUUUACCAUUUUUUUUUUGUAUUUCACAAUCCGUACUAUCACUUGAACUGUAAAUAAAUUUUUCCUUUUUCUUAAUCCAUCUUCCCCUUCGCCAUUUUGGUUUACAGGAUUUCAAAUCAUUUUCAUUGUCCGAUAUGUAAAUAAUCUUAUCAUUGUUUGUUUUCAACAAACCUGUUCGUUUAUUGAAACUUCCCUUAAUUCUAGACAAUCCUUUGGAUUUCAAUAAUUUCAAUCUCUGUCCAUCAAGCAUAUUCAAAAUGUCGCUGAUAUCUGUGUUUAAGAAGAUAAAGUAACGUUCUUCUAUUGUAGAGUAUAUAUAUAUAUAUACUGAUUCCUCGAUUUAUAUGGACGAAUAUUACGUAAAUGGAGCUCGCCAUUACAAAAAACAAAAAGUAUAAUACUUAAAAAAGCCAGGAUAAAUUGAAAAAAUAUUUAUUUCGUAUGUAAAUUUGUAAGAAAUAUCGAUUAAAACUUACCAGUGUCACUUUGUGUAUCAACCUUUUCUGCAUCAGUCUUAUAGAUAUUGCUAGAUCGAAAAUGUUGAGAGAAUUCAUCGGAAUGCUCUUUUAUAUAUUUAUCCCAUAAUAAAUCGGCACUAUUCGUUGGUAUUCGAACAUCUAGGAGCCAAUUUCCAUUUUCUUUAUUUUCUAAUAAUUUUUUCGUCGAUGUUUUUUGCCUCCUCGAUGGAUACGUCUUAACAUGAUUCGAUCUCACUAAUAACAAUUAAUAAUAAAGAGUAUAAAAAGGGAACUUAUCAAUUUGCAGAUUUACUAAAAAAAAAAAAACUGUUUUCAUAAUUUCGAAUAGUUUCCAUACCGAAAAUAGGAGAGAUAUGAUCAAUUUCUUCUUUAUCUUGAUCCAAAAACAUUAAAUCAUCUUCUUUAUCGACGAUAUCUUUAAUCGGAAAAUUAUUAUUUGAUCUCAGAGAGAAUAAAGUUGGUGAGAGUAAGAAAUCAUUAUGAUCGUCAUAUUUAGCAUCACGUAUACGUUCCGGAGUUUCGUAUAAUUUAUAUGGAAUUUCUUGUUGAUCUUGUAUAUUUGUAUCUUUCGUUUGUAAUAAUUUCGAUAAAUCUUUUUUAUUCGA